CAUUUUUUCGGACUUUGCCCUGAUUGAUGACUUCAAGGAGGCAAUUUGCUCAUCAUUAGAGGAUUACAACAAGCAAAUUGAACAACUAAAACAGGAGAUGAACGAUGCAACACACGGUGCUGAUAACAUUAGAAAUGAUAUCAGUGCACUUGCUCAACGAUAUGUUGUCAUUGAUUGUGACGAGGACUGUGGCGUUUGUCAAAGGAAGAUUCUAACUGCAGGUUGGGACCAUUGGAUGGCUAGGGGUUAUAGGCCAGUAGGUGCAAUGGCCCCUUUCUAUGUCUUUCCAUAUGGACAUGCCUUCCAUGCUCAAUGCCUGAUUGCCCAUGUCACAAGGUUUACCCACCGAGAUCAAAAUCUAUUCUAGAUCUUCAAAAACAACUCACUUUAUUGGGAGGUCAAUCCAAGAAGGAGUCUAAUGGUACCUUAAC